UUGUGUCGAGUGGGCGGGGCGAGAACCACAGACGGACUGCUUUCACAAACUCCGACACUUUCUCUCACAGUCGCCCUAGUAAGGAUUAACCUACUUUCAACUCUUCUGACCCUCGACAUGUCAAACAACAACGCCAGCAGCAACUUGGUCGUCGCUCAGAGAGUAGUGAAACAGCUGCGGUUGGAGGCCAGUGUCCGUAGGAUCAAGGUGUCUCAGGCUGCAGUGGACCUGAAGAACUACUGUCUGCAGAACGCUCACCAGGACCCUCUCCUGAUGGGGGUCCCCUCCAGUGACAACCCCUUCAGACCCCCCAAGUCCUGCAGCCUGUUCUGAGCAGUCAGUGUAUGGAGGAGGAGUUGUUGCUGUAUGUCCUAUGAGGGACCCUUCCUCUUCUCUCUCUACUGCUGGUCCAUUUGUGUGUUGCAGCUAUCCCAAUGUUAACCUCUAGCCUGAUCCCAGAUCUGGCAUGCCAAGGCACGACAAUGACCAAAGAUGUUGGCAAGACCGCACAAACAGAUCUGGGACCAGGCUAGACAGUCCAUGUAUUAAGAUAAAGCCUAGUAGUGCCAUUAUACAUGUAUGUUCAGGAUGUUGAUGUGAUAUCCUAUUUGUUAUGAUGAUCAUGAUGAUGACAUUGUAUUAGGGUUGUAACUUCCUGAAAAUUCCCCAGUUUUCCAGAAAUUCCUGUUGUAAGAUUCCUGGAAUCGGGAGGGAAUAAGCAGAAAACCCAGGAAUCUUCUACUGGAAUUUCUGGAAAAAUCUGUCAAGUUUUAGAAAGUUACUGUAGUUCUCCAACCCUACAUUGUAUCUAUGCACUGUACUUUCCACCAGUAUGAUAUCAGCCUCUGACAGGCAGGCAGUGAAUGUGCCUUGGAGGUUGUCUCCCAAAUAGCACCCUAUUCCCUAUAUAGUGCACUACUUUUGACCAACCGUUGAAUGUUUUAACCAGGGUACGUAUUGAUGUUUAACCUACAGUUCUAGCCGAUUGGCCUACAUGCUGUCUUGUCACCUUCUAUUGCUUGUGUUCCACGUGCAGUAUACUUCCUGGUACAAACUACCACAUGGUACAGGUUGACAUUCUCAACCCAGGGAUCCAGAACCAUAGAAUUAGAAUCUAGAAUUCAUGCGGAACACUAACCACAUAUACCCAGUUGUACUCUAUACAAGAGACUGGCAGUUACAUGUUUCUUUUAAACUUUCGUCGACCUAUUUUAUGAAAUAAUCAGCCUUUUUAUCGAAGGGUUCGUUCAUUCGGUUGUGAUGAUACUGAUGUGAUCUUAAAUGUUACAUUGUUGUGCCCUCCUGUACCUUUUUUUAGGAAGACACUCCUGUCCUUGGCCUUUCUCCCUGGAAAUACUCAUGUCCUUAUCAUGGUUUUCCACUAGCCUUCAUUCAGUCACAGAUAACACUAUAGCAUGGUUUUCCACUAGCCUACAUUCAGUCACAGAUAACACUAUAGCAUGGUUUUCCACUAGCCUACAUUCAGUCACAGAUAACACUAUAGCAUGGUUUUACACUAGCCUACAUUCAGUCACAGAUAACACUAUAGCAUGGUUUUCCACUAGCCUACAUUCAGUCACAGAUAACACUAUAGCAUGGUUUUCCACUAGCCUACAUUCAGUCACAGAUAACACUAUAGCAUGGUUUUCCACUAGCCUACAUUCAGUCACAGAUAACACUAUAGCAUGGUUUUACACUAGCCUACAUUCAGUCACAGAUAACACUAUAGCAUGGUUUUCCACUAGCCUACAUUCAGUCACAGAUAACACUAUAGCAUGGUUUUCCACUAGCCUACAUUCAGUCACAGAUAACACUAUAGCAUGGUUUUCCACUAGCCUACAUUGUCACAGAUAACACUAUAGCAUGGUUUUACACUAGCCUACAUUCAGUCACAGAUAACACUAUAGCAUGGUUUUACACUAGCCUACAUUCAGUCACAGAUAACACUAUAGCAAAUGGGAACGUAUUUAACUAAGACAAACACUAAUUUCCAUAUGCCACAUCUGGUGCUUCAGCUUGUUUCAGGUUACUGAUUAGCCACAUCACCAUGACUGCCAUUUUUAAUGAUUCCAUCAGCCAACAUCGCAGUUUGUUUUUAUCGUUGAACUGUGAGCGUGGAACUGUCUAGCCUCGCUACCUGCCUUGAAUGAGGAGUUUUAAUUUGAUACCUGAUAUACUGUCCAUCCUCUGUGCCUGAACUUUGUAGCUGUGUUAUACUGUCCAUCCUCUGUGCCUGAACUUUGUAACUGUGUUAUACUGUCCAUCCUGUGCCUGAGCUUUGUAGCUGUGUUAUACUGUCCAUCCUCUGUGCCUGAACUUUGUAACUGUGUUAUACUGUCCAUCCUCUGUGCCUGAACUUUGUAACUGUGUUAUACUGUCCAUCCUCUGUGCCUGAACUUUGUAACUGUGUUAUACUGUCCAUCCUCUGUGCCUGAACUUUGUAACUGUGUUAUACUGUCCAUCCUCUGUGCCUGAACUUUGUAACUGUGUUAUACUGUCCAUCCUCUGUGCCUUAACUUUAACUGUGUUAUACUGUCCAUCCUCUGUGCCUGAACUUUGUAACUGUGUUAUACUGUCCAUCCUCUGUGCCUUAACUUUAACUGUGUUAUACUGUCCAUCCUCUGUGCCUGAACUUUGUAACUGUGUUAUACUGUCCAUCCUCUGUGCCUGAACUUUGUAACUGUGUUAUACUGUCCAUCCUGUGCCUGAGCUUUGUAGCUGUGUUAUACUGUCCAUCCUCUGUGCCUUAACUUUAACUGUGUUAUACUGUCCAUCCUCUGUGCCUGAGCUUUGUAACUGUGUUAUACUGUCCAUCCUCUGUGCCUGAGCUUUGUAACUGUGUUAUACUGUCCAUCCUCUGUGCCUGAACUUUGUAACUGUUUCCAACCUAGUAAAUCACAUUUACCACUA